AUGGCUCCCAUUGCGCGUAAUAAGAUGGAGGCCAUCUAUGAAAUGGAUGCGCCAAUUUACCCCACAGGCGCUCCUUCAGCCCAAACGGCAGCCCCUAAAUCUCCGCCUCCACCAACCUCAUCUCGACCAGACCUCAAGCGUAGCAAGAUGGAGGCCAUUUAUGAAAUGGAUGGGACAACUGACCCUAUCGGCGCUGCUCCUUCAUCCCAAGUCCACAUUGCCCAAACGGUAAUCCCUAAAUCUCCGCCUCCCUCAACCUCAUCCCGAUCAGAGCGCCGCAAGGGCAUGAUUCUUCCUGUCGAUGAGCUUCCAAAAGAGGUCCAGAAUCUCCAGGCAGAUGGUACACUGCCAAUCUCCGAUGAAACCUCUUCCACCAUCUCCCCACAACCGCGAGCUUCACGGCGCAAGGGCAUUGUUGUUGACUUCGAGGACCUUCCGCCAGAAGUCAAGGCGCUGAACGAUGACGCAGGCCACAAUACCGAACCCGCUUGA